AAAAAAAAAAAAAAAACUUUUACAAGUUUUUGAUAGAAAAGCGAAGCAAUGAAUUGCCAUUGCCAUGUGGCUUCUAUUUAGGUGGGUUGAAUUGCCAUUGCCAUCUGGCUUCUAUUUAGGUUGGUAUGUACAAUGAAAAAGGUAUAUAAGAAUAGUGCAAAAUUUUAAGGAGGAUAUGCUCCUCCAAGCAAGAGCAUUGAGAUUACAACAACAGUUAAAAUUAGGGGGAUAUAUUCAUCUGCAUGUGAAAAGAAAAUGCGGUAAAUUGGAGUUGCACUUGAACAUUUUUAUUUGCUCAGUUUUUGUUUAUGAUUUUUAACUCUAUCAAAGAAUGGGACUAUAGGGAAGUCAUGGGCUAGUAGUUCUCUACAAUUUAGUCCAUAGAGCCUCAUGCUAGACAAUUUUUUUUCAAGUGCAGAGAUUCUCCCAUAUUUUGAACCUUUGGAGUAUUUUUUGGAGGAUUGAAUAUACAGUGUGUUUUUUGCCUACAAAAGAUCUUACCGUUUCUUUCCAAUCAUACUUCUUCGCACAAAGUUGCAAUGAGUUGAUCCCUCAUUUUUCUUGUUGUGGUAUUGAAAUUUUUUUUUUUCAAUUAGAUCAAUAAUCAUUGAAAUUAUCUGAUCAGCCUUUAAUUUUGAGCUGUAACUUGAGAGCAUACGAAAGUGAUCGAGUGAAAGAAUAUUUAAUAAAGAGAUGAAAAUUAGUUUCUUCAGAUAUAUCACAGAGAACGUACUCUUGGUUGGUACUCAAUCACUUUUUAGCAAGGUUGGUUCUGAUUUGGAUUUUAUUCCUCAUAUUUAGCCAUAGAAAUAUCUUAACUUUUAAUAGAGUUGCGGCUUUUCAGAUCACUUGGUAGUAAGGGCAAAUCAAUCCACCAUUUUUAAGAAAAUUAUAUAGUGAUUCAACAGUAUUCAAUCCAUUCUGAGAUAAUUUUCAAGUUGAUGUGUCCCUCAUUCUAGAAGGUUUGAAGUUAUUAAUAAUGGCAUGCAACAUAUCCAAUUGAUCUGUUUGUGCUGAAGUUAAAAGGCUCUCUGAGAAUGAUUUUUUAGGAUAGGAUUCUCAAAGACCACUGAGACUUGACUAUACAAUUCUUCGGGAGAGCUAUCGUAUAAAGAUCUUCAAAGAUGUCCAUAAGAGUAAAAGGUCCCACCCAUGAGUCUUCCCAAAAUCGGAUGUCAGAUCCAUCUUCAAGCUUAGAAGAGAGACAAAUUUUAGAAUACAAAUAAAUUCUUGAUUACAUUUUUUCACAUCGGAGAUAAUCUUGAGAGAUUUCUAGAAGAUCUUAUACUAAGAUUUCAUUUAUAAUAGUAUACAACCUUAAUUAGAUUUCUCCAUGGAUUGGUAGAACCGGCAAUAUAUUUCCAAGCUCAUUUGGCAAGGAAGGCAAUGUUCAUUUGCUUAAGGUUUUUUUGAUAUCCAAACCUCCUUGAUCCAAGGUUCUACAUACACUGUACCAAUUGACUAAGUAGUGAAAGCCUCCCACCUUCUCUUUUCUCUUCUAUAGAAUGGCUCUUCUCAACUGAUCAAUUCUUUUGAGGACCUAUUUAGUAAUUGAAAUACCGACAUGUAAUAAGAUGGCAAAGCAGAUAAAAUAGAGUUGAUAAGUAUUAAUCUACCACCCAAGACAAGAAUUUUUCCUUCUAAGAAGCCUAUCUAGCACUAAUUCUUUCGAUGAGUGGCAUCCAAUAUUAUUUUUAGGGAGUUUUCUAUCAUGCAAUGGUAGACCCAAAUAAGUGAUACGGAGUCUGCUUCUUUUACAAUUCAUCAAGUUAGCGAAGAAGUUGGCUUCCUCUUCUUCCAUAUUGAGAUAGACAAUAGAGCUUUUAUGGAAGUUGUUUUUUUAGCUCGGAGGCAUUUUCAAAAGCAAGUAGAAUAGCUUUUGCAGUAACCACACUAUCAAACUUUCCUGUACAAAAAAAUAGAGUAUCAUUAGUGAAUUGGAGGCCUUUGAUGUUUUGAAAGACUUUGUUCGAAUCAAUGCAUUUGAUAAUUCUAAAAAAUACUGUUUGCUUGAGGAGUUUGCUUAGCACAUUCGGCACAAGUAAAAACAAAGCUGGCGAUAAAAGGUCCUUCUGUCGAAGAUCUUGUCUACAUUUGAUCCACUUACUCGCUUAUCAUUUACCAGAAUAGCCACGGGAGAAGAUGAGAGCAAAGUUUUGACCCAGUUCAACCAUCUUGGAGGAAAACCAUAGGCCUCAAAGAGGUGGAGCAGGAAUACCCAAUUAAUCUUAUCAAAUGCCUUCUCAGAAUCAAGCUUACACAAGAUUCCUUUCAGAGUUGAUCUCUUACAAUGGGAAGUUAUUUCAUGAGCACUUUGAAAGUUCUCCAUACUUGACCGGCCCUUCUUGAAGGCUGAUUGGAUGUUUUCAAUGAGAAGGUGAAAAUAAGAGGACAAACGAUUGGUGAGCAUCUUGGAGAUAAUUUAAUAGAUGAUGUUUGAAAGACUGAUAAGCGGAAGGUUACGAGGAGAGAGCACACCCUCUUUCUUGAGGAUAAGAGAGACAAAGGCGAAGUUGAGUCUGUCAAAAACAAGGGUGCCCACUAAGAAUUCCUCAAAGAGAACAAGAAGAUCCUUUACUCUUCAAUCUAUGUUACUUUUUCAUUGGCAGACAAUAUUUGGAGCCUUUACUCUUCAGUCCAUGUUAAGCUACUUAUGAAACAACUCGAGGGUCCUAAAACGUCUGACAUAGGAAGGCUUAAUAAUGAGCCUGCGAAUUAGUUAGCUCAUUCAAGGAGAGCAGAAAUGGCGAAUUGUAUGUUACUGUUUUAAUCAGCUUCUUUGGAGCUUAAAAGCUUUGAUAGGGUUAACAAUAUUAUAAUUUUUUCAACAAUUAAUAUAAAAUAUCUAGACUUUUCUUCCCUCUUUUUAACAAAAGAUUUUAUCAACGUUUCAAAAACUAUAAAUAAACCAUGGACAUCGAAUGCAUAAAUAAUUUGACAUGUAUUUUUGAUAAAGAUGAAACUGAACAAAUUUGAGCUAGUGGUCAACGUAGACGGUUUCCUCCGGUUCAUUUGCUUUCCAUCAUCUACCACCACGCUUUGACUUCUUCUAAAAAAGAGGGCAAAAUCCCGAACAUCUCUCAAGCCUCUAUGCAAUCUUCUCCUUUGGCAGAUAUCAAUAAUUUGCUUUACUUAGCAGAUCAACACGUAAUUAUUAUGCAAGGCCGCAAAUGUCUUGGACUAGCUACACUUGUGUGUGCAUCCAAAUAAGAUGGACGUUUCACAUGGAGAGAGGUUAACCUAGAUUAUGAAAUCUCAGUUGCUCGUCACUUUAACAAUGCAAUGCCAUAUGAUGAAUAUACCCAAACUUUUCUCUUCACACUGACAAAUCCAAAUAGGUGGCUACAUAUCUACUAAUCCGCGUAUUACUUUUCUUGCUAAUUUCACUAGAAGGCCAAAAAGCAUGUCCAACCACCUUAUUAUGACAAUUGGCACUACUCUUUAAUGAAUUAUACUGUCAUACUCCUUUAAAGAAAAAUUAGCAGGCAGUCCAUCGUUUGAUGUCCUGUCAUUUGGUCGUUGUGCAAUUAGACUUACAUAUGUAUGUAUGUUAUGAUGGUCAAGAUUGGCUUGUCACUGGCGUAGUAUCCUAUCUACUCUUUGAAAUCCUUGCCGUGCUAAUUAUUGGUUGGACAAAAUCUACCGCUGAGCUGAUGGACCAAUCCAACCGUGGGGCAACACGAACAAACGCACUGCACGCUUAUCCGUUUUGUCCGGCUCUCUGCGUGCGAUCUGAGUCCACCACCAAACGCCGUCCGGAAUCAUACGCCUUGACUAAGAAAGUUUCAAAAUAAUCACACAGUCGGCAGAGACCAAAUCUUUGGUCAAAGAAUACGAGAAGAAAAAAAUAUAAUAACUCUCUGCCGUCCAAGCCACCUCCUCAUCUACCCAAUGUGGAAAUGUCGCAGCCAAGAAGAGCCAAAGAUCUCUGAGACCGUAGCCAUGGAGUCCCUAGGCAUUCACCGGCUCCAUCAACCUCUCAAGGGCGCCCAGAGAAAAAGAAGCAACUCCAGUGUCUCAACCACUCUCCUCGUGCUCAUCUCAUGCAACUUCGUCCUUCUACUCUCCAAGCUUAGUCCCUCACCCUCAGCUGAUGGCAAAGCAAUGGCUGUCGAACCCGUUAGCUUCAUCGGCUCCAGGCUCUCAGUGUUACUCAUGGCCUACGGAUCAACUUUCACCUACGUCGGGUGGAACCACCACCUGUCUCUGGAACAACUAUUCUUAAGAAUGCGGCAGACAUGGCGGAGGCCUGCGAUCACUUUGAUGUAUAUCGAGCUCUUUGCUACUGCCUCGGCUUCCCUUCUCUUGUUGCUUAAGGCCUUCGCAGGGGCAACGAGGGGCAUGUUUCUGGAGGCUUUGAUGGUUUCAGGCUCGGUUGCUUUGCUGUCGUGCUUGGGUCCGGUCUUGUUUGCUCAUUCUGAGAUUGCUUGCAAGCUGAGCAUAGUGGUUUCGGUGGUUGAAGAGGACUGUGAAGGGAUGCAUGCACUCAAGCGGGCUCAAGAGCUGGUUGAAGGGAGGAUGCUUCGAGGAUUUAUUCUAACAAUUGUUAUGGCGGUUGUAGAACAAGCACCGUUCGUGGUGUUUGGGUUCGAGAAGGGUGGUAAUUGGGGUGUCUUGACGUUCAUUGUUGCUGGCCCGGUUCUUCUUGUGACGAAGUUUGUUACUUAUCUUGUGUACACCGUAUUUUACUAUGAGUGCAGGAACUCUAAAGGAAAAGAGGUGUCUACGUUAAGGCAAGAACUGUAAAUUUGAUUUUGUAGUAUCUAGCAAGAGUGGUCGUGAGUGUUUAUAGUUUCAUGCUACCAUGAAAUUUAAGCAACCAAGUUCAAAAGGAAGGCCUGAGUUUUCGUUCUUUAUUUACCCACCGAGCUUCAGCUACCAGAGGAGGUAACUGAGACUGUUGAAUUGCAAGGAGAUUGGAUGAUGAAUCCACCUUUUAUAAAAGAUGCAGGAUUAAUUCUUAUGAUUU